AUGAUGUCCUUUGGAAAAGGAGCGAUGGCGGCCAUCAGAAAGAAGCUGGUGAUCGUGGGAGACGGUGCCUGCGGAAAGACGUGUCUGCUGAUCGUGUUCAGCAAGGACCAGUUCCCUGAGGUCUACGUACCGACUGUGUUCGAGAACUACAUCGCCGACAUAGAGGUAGACGGGAAGCAGGUGGAGCUGGCCCUGUGGGACACGGCGGGACAGGAGGACUAUGACAGGCUGCGGCCCCUCUCGUACCCGGACACGGACGUUAUCCUCAUGUGCUUUUCUAUCGACAGCCCGGACAGCCUCGAGAACAUUCCCGAGAAGUGGACGCCGGAGGUGAAGCAUUUCUGCCCCAACGUGCCCAUCAUCCUGGUGGGGAACAAGAAGGACCUGCGGAACGACGAGCACACACGGCGGGAGCUGGCGAAGAUGAAGCAGGAGCCGGUGAAGCCAGAGGAGGGGAGGGACAUGGCCAACAGGAUCAAUGCCUUCGGCUACCUCGAGUGCUCGGCCAAGACGAAGGAGGGCGUGCGGGAGGUCUUCGAGAUGGCCACCCGCGCAGGCCUGCAGGUGCGGAAGAACAAGAAGCGCAGGGGCUGCCCGCUGCUGUGA